CAAGCCAGGAGUUCCUUCUGUUUCGGCUCAAUUCCCUUCUCACAGACUAAAUACCGCACCACGAUACACGAUACACGGCCGCCACAUUGAGCAGAAUCUACAUCCUCGAUCAUACCAACAUGGCGGUACUAAACGUUCGACGAUAUGAGCAUAGCCCGCUGCAACAUCGUUCGUCCAUUCGGUUGCUGACGCUCCUACCCGGGAGCCCUAGCACGCCACUGAGGUGUCAGAUAACCGAAUUCCAGAAGUUUUCCAACCCAUCCUACGAAGCCCUGUCUUACGCAUGGGGUGAUCCUGUGUUUCCAGAAGUUAUUCAAGUGUGCGAGUCUGCCGAUAUCGAGCGGAUCAGCUGGCAUAUUCCUAUCACACAAAAUCUGUCCGAAGCUUUGCGUCGUUUGCGUUCGGACGCACCUCGAACGCUUUGGAUAGACGCGUUGUGUAUCAAUCAGGAGGACUUGGAGGAGAAAGGACAUCAGGUCGCGCGCAUGGGUCGGGUGUACCACGAAGCGAACCGUGUUAUUGUUUGGCUUGGUGAAGACCAGGCCUAUCCCAGGACCAGAGCGCUCCUUACGCAGGACGGGAGGAACCGAUGGCCAUUGACCCUGCCUGAGAGUGACCUCGGGGAACUUGCUACAAUUCCCUGGUUUUCCCGUGUCUGGGCAGUUCAAGAAUAUGUGCUUGCACGACAGGUAUUUUUUCAAUUAGGGCCAUUGUUGACAUCAGCUCAAAAACUUGAAACGGUUGUUAAACGCACAGGUGUUUACAUUGACGGAGACAAAAAACUAUAUGAUCAGUGGAAAUCUAUACUACGCCUUUUCGAAUACCGUAAGUUGGUGCAAGAGCGCGAAUCAGACGAUGCAAACUCCCAACUGACGCUGGUCCGAAUCUUCCUGGACCUUACCCGUUCACGUUUGUGCAAGGACAGUCGCGAUCGCAUAUACGGUAUCCUUGGAAUCUUUGAGGAUGUCAAUAUUGUCCCAUACUACACGCUCCCACCGAGGCAGGUCUACCAAGACUUCGUUUCGAAGAACCUGGUAGCUGGAGAUUUCUCGAUACUUCAUGAAUGUUGUAUCGGUACUGCCCAGCCAGAAGAACAGUCCUACGUGCCGUUCUUUGGCCAGUCUCGGUCACAAUCCACAUACACAUCGUUCGCAAGCCGAUUAGCUACAUAUUGCGCCGGACUGCAUCAGCCACCAGUAGUCAACAUAGACGAAGACAAUUACAUCUCGGUACAAGGGUUCUUCAUCGAUACAGUGCAACAAAAGCUGGAUUUUGCGGAAGACUGCGAUAUCGAACUAGAGUCCGGGGGCCCACUCACACAUAACCCUGGAUCGGGCUCAGAGACUGCGAAAUUGCCGCUUCACGGAACCUGGGGAGCUAUAUAUCAGACAGCCUUGGGUCAUCUUGUCAACGAACCUGAAGAUCAAUCACGCUGGCGCAAGGAUUUCGAAGUCAACCGUUUGUUUCCGCAGUUCUCAAUGGCGCCGUAUCCGCACAACAGCCUCUUCGACGUGCUUGUACGCGCAAUCAGGACGGACCUGAAUGGUGAUUACGACUGGACCUCCAGCAAUGGACGGAUCAGAACAGAUUCGCACUUGCAUCGCUCUCGCCGGGAGAAUUUGCAGGAACGAUCACUUUUCUGGACCACAGCAGGCUUCAUUGGGUUGGGUACCUGUUAUCUACAGCCGGGGGAUGAGGUGGUCGUCUUCAACGGCGAUACUACACCGUUCCUCCUACGUAAGGAAGGAUACUUGGAAGGCACGGAGACAGACGUAUACAAGAUUGUUAGUGACUGCUAUGUGUACGGUUGGAUGUAUGGACCCUUUCCGGAUAGGACUGUCGCAAGGGAUCCUUCACGCCGGUUACGUAUCACCAACAGGGUAAAGGGCCUCCUAACUCCGAGUGUCGACACUAGUGGCAAGCAGCAAAGUAGUCUGCCUACAAGGACGUUUAUCAUUAGCUAGUCUCAUUUGUCCUGCUGUGGCCAAAUCACAAUGCUUACUUCAAUGCUGUCCAAACAAGUUGCGGUCUCCGACUCGACAUACGGACCCACCAAAAUUG